AAGAAAUGAGUCAUACCCUAGCCCCCGCCCAGGGCAUUGGUUCUCUCACCCUCACAUUUCAAAUUUGAAUACCGUUUUCACCUUCUUUUGAGCCCCCAUGUUCAGUCCUCUUCGCGCCCGCAUCUCUCUCGCUCUCUUUGACCGCCUCGGCGUCGCCACCCACCACCCUUGACCACCCAUUUAUUUACUUAAAAAAUCUUCAUUCAAAACUUUCUUCAAACACCUGCGCUGCACUCCUUCAACGAUGGGUAAUCAGGCCACUGGCGAUGAUGACAGCGUCAGUAGCAGUACUGUUACUAACUCUGAUAAUAAUGCGAUUAGCAAUGUUGUCGAUGAGGCAACCGAAAAUCUGGAGAGUGCUGAGAUUAACAAUGGUGCAGAUGAAACGACUAAGAAUGUAGAGAUUAGCAAUGCGGAGGACGAAGCGAAGAAAGAUGUGGAAACUACUGAGAUUAGCAACGGGGAUGCGGCUGAAGCAACCGAAAAUGGGGAAAGUGUGGAUUGUGUUGAAAGCGAGAAGAGUAGUUUGAGUUCCGCGAGUUAUUCUAACAGUUCUGACGCCAAUGAGACCAAUUUCAGAAGUUUCUGCGCGUCGAAGCCCCAUAGAGGCAACGACAUCCGAUGGGAUGCGAUACAGUGCGUCAAGGCUAAAGAUGGGGACAUGGGUUUGUGCCACUUUAGGCUUUUGAAGAAGCUGGGAUGUGGGGAUAUUGGGAGUGUGUAUUUGGCUGAACUGAGAGGAAUGAGCUGUUUGUUUGCCAUGAAGGUGAUGGACAAAGGGAUGCUAGAAGAGAGGAAGAAGUUGAUGAGAGCCCAGACUGAGAGAGAAAUAUUGGGUUUGUUGGAUCACCCAUUUCUUCCAACCCUUUACUCGCAUUUCGAAACGGAGAAGUUUUCUUGUUUAUUGAUGGAGUUCUGCAGCGGUGGGGAUCUUCACACGCUGAGGCAGAGGCAACCGGGCAAGCAUUUUUCUGAACAAGCAGCUAGGUUUUAUGCUUCAGAAGUGCUUCUUGCUCUUGAGUAUCUGCACAUGUUGGGGGUGGUUUAUAGAGAUUUAAAGCCUGAAAAUGUUUUGGUGAGGGAGGAUGGCCACAUCAUGCUCUCAGAUUUUGACUUAUCGCUGAGAUGCUAUGUGAGUCCCACCCUUGUUCAAACCAGCAGUGACCCAUCAUUUAGGAUAUCUUCAUACUGCAUCCAGCCAUCUUGCAUUGAUCCUGCAUGCAAAUUAUCAGUCUGUGUAGAGCCCUCUUGCUUGCAGCCCUCUUGCUUUAAGCCUCGGCUGUUUAAGGCUAAAUCAAGGAAGCCCAGAAGUGAAAGAUUAAGUUUGACAAAUCUAGAUUCACUUCCUAUGCUGAUUGCAGAACCAACUGGUGCCCGCUCCAUGUCAUUUGUUGGGACCCAUGAAUAUUUAGCUCCUGAAAUAAUCAGAGGGGAUGGUCAUGGUAGUGCUGUUGAUUGGUGGACUUUUGGUAUUUUCUUGUAUGAGUUACUACAUGGGAGGACACCAUUUAAAGGCAAUGGGAACCGAGAGACAUUGUUCAAUGUUGUUGGCCAGUCUCUGAAGUUUGCUGAAGGAUCCUCUAUUAGUUUUGCUGCCAAGGACUUGAUACGGGGUUUGCUUGUAAAGGAUCCACAGAAGAGAUUAGGAUACAAAAGAGGUGCCACAGAGAUCAAGCAGCAUCCCUUCUUUGAAAGUGUCAACUGGGCUCUCAUUCGCAGUACUCACCCUCCUCAAAUCCCUAAACCUGUUGAUCUUGAAUGUCUUAAUCACACAUCAUCCUCAUCCAUGCGUCUAAAUGACAAGGGAGCUACGGACUCAGAUAGAUCAUCAGGUCCUUACUUAGAUUUUGAAUUUUUCUAAUGAAUUUUGGUGGAACAAUAGUAGCAGUUGCUCUUGAGGUCAUUGAAGUUUUCAUUGUUAGUGUGUAUUCAUUUCCUCAAUGAAAUCUUGUUUCCUUUUAGAAGAUU